AGUAUUUACCCAAACAAGCAAGGUAUAAAUAAUUUUUCACAUAUGAAAUUUAAAUUUUAAUGUUACCUUAAACAAAUAAUAGGGUAUCCAUUGUACACCAUGUCAUGAGAAACGUAGGGCUGAGAAACAAAAAAGAAGAGAAGAAAGAGGAAAAAGACAACAGCAGAAACAAGCGAUAAACAACGCCAAGGAGCUACCUUCUAUUCCUUCGCCUUUGAAUACAAUGACCUCUCCUUCUCAGACUGCUCGUCAACCGCGGAUUAAUCCUAGCGGGAUUCAGCCAGCUUCCUCAAACACAGCCAAUCGACAUACUAGCCGUUUAUUUGAUCCACAACUUGUAGCUGAUUACAUACAGACCCAACCUCGUACACGAAAUCCAUUAGAUAACCGUACAACAGAUCCACCUACCCCAUCACGCUCUCGCAGCAAUUCAGUAGACAUACCUCCCAAAAUGCGAUUAGUUGAUACCAGAUUAACUCCUUCAAAAUCCGAAGUCGUGACCUCAUCAAAAUCUUCGCCUAGUUCACCUCCUUUAUCUAUUGGUAGUCACUCUCCUCAUAGUUUUAUCAAUAAGAGUAAUACCUCAUCUUCGUUUUCUUCUUUAACGAAAUCGACUUCAACAACCACGCUCGACUUUUCCUUGAUACCAGAACUCCCAACUCUUAAUCUUUCUUUUUUCGACAAUGAUUCCACCGAUCUCGUUAAUCUCACCAAAAAAUUGGGUGCUAAUAUUGCCAUGGAUAUUUAUGGAAAUUCAGACGACAAAAAUAAGGCCGUAGCCGUACCUGUCAUUGUGAAGACUACAGAAAAUAUUACUCGUGCUUCACAACUUUUAGAGUCCUCUUUGAUGAAUGAAGAAAUUUAUAUGCCCCAACCUGCACCACCCCAACAUGCUGAUAUUAAUGAACAAUUACGUAAUGAAUUGGAUAUGACACAAAGCAAAUUGAGUGCGAUGGAAACAAGCUAUAACAAAAUUAAAGAUGCCAGCAGAAAAGCUUUGGAAGAAUUUACUCGAGCAAAAGAAGAAUUUGCCAAGGAAGUAGCUUUACGUCAACAGCAAGAAUAUACAAUUCUUCAAUUAAAACAUCAAUUGAGUAUUGCUUAUCAAUCCAAGCAAAUGACAAGACCAGAAUUAUCUGUGAUAACAAAGGAAGAAAUCGAAAGGGUUGCUAGAGUUCGUGUUGAACUAGAUAGAACUUGUAAUGAAUUAAAAGGAUAUCGAAAUAUGUUGGUCAAGGAUAUCGAUUCCCUUGCUAGACAAAAACAAGCAGGUCUUGAACCAACAUCUUUAAUAUAUCUUGAUGAACAAAAAAAGGCAUUGGUCACCGAAAUCAAAUCCUUGGUAACGGAUCGAGACCAAGUACGUGUAGAGACUAAAAGUUUGGAAGACAUGAGAGAUGAUGUGCUUCAUGAAAUGGUCAUGUUAAAUACAAAGAAUGCGGAGUUGACGGAAAUGAAUAACGAUCUUUCUCGAAGAGUGACUGAAAGAGAAAGAGAAGCUGCUGCUGUGAUGGCCGGUACAUCAUUUUUAUAUUCACCUUCGCCAAGCCUUUCUUCUGAAUUAUAUUCCCCUACGCACAUGCAAAGAAAAUCUUCUGAAGCCAGUAUAGUUCGCAAUAUUGCACAAACUGCAUUGUUACAUCAUCAGCAUCAACAACACCCACAACCCCCAAAAAUAUUUAAAUUAAAAAAGAAGAAUAACAUGUUUGCAAAGUUGAGUGGAAAAUCCAACAAGGUGGACUCGGGUAAUAUAUAUGGCAACACAAGCGGUAACAGCUCCCUCAGUUUAUCCAUGGCCAACAACGAUAGCUACGCAGAAUUUCGUCAAAAAAAUAACUCUUCUUCUUCUUCCAACAAGCAAUCUCAAGAAAACACUCAACAUGGAUCGCAUACCUUUUUACCUACCUCUUUUUUAAGACCAAUUAAAUGUGAUGCUUGCGGUGAAAAGAUGUGGGGUCUUUCUGAAUUGCGCUGUCAAGGUUGUAUGUAUGCUACUCAUGCUCGCUGCUUAAGUCAUGUACCUCAAUUAUGCUAUGCUGGAACUACAACUAGUUUUGAAAAUCUACCUUCCGAAUCAGAACACCGCUCUUUAUUCGGAACUGAUUUAUCGGAACAAGCACAUUAUGAAGAUAGAUCCAUCCCGCUGAUUAUUGAACAAUGUAUCAGGGCCGUUGAAAAGCGUGGUAUGGAUUAUGAAGGCAUUUAUCGUAAAUCAGGGGGUGCAGCACAAAUGAGGUUGGUUCACCAAUCAUUUGAUAUGGGAGAUCCUAUUGAUCUGGAUGAUGAUGAGUCAAUCAACGAUAUAUGUGCUAUCACAAGUGUGCUGAAGCAAUAUCUACGAGAGUUACCUAACCCAGUAUUACCGUAUAAUCUUUAUUCCCAAUUCAUUGAUGCCGUUUCCGUUAAUGUUGGACAAGAAAAAAUGGAUAAAUUUUUUGAAUUGUUGUCGCAAUUACCCAAAGUCAAUUACGAUACACUUCGAUUAUUAGUUAAACAUUUGAACAAUGUCCAGAAACGUCACACCGAAAAUUUAAUGACGACAAAGAAUCUUGCCAUGGUGUUUGGUCCUACUUUAAUGCGCGAUGUAGAAGCGAGUCGUGAUUUAGUCGAUAUGAGCUUUAAAAAUGCAGUCAUUGAAUUCUUGAUCAUUCAAGUUAAUGAUCUAUUACCUUAAUCAAAAACCUAUUGCUAUUGCAUCUCUUUAUUUACCCCUACAAUUUUAUUUAUAUAUCCUAUACCAUAUUAUUAUUACUGCUUACUUUUUUUUUUUUUUUUUUUUUUUUUUAAUUUAAUAUUUCAUAAACGACAAGUGUAAAAAUAAAAUCCAUCAAGAUGAAUAACAUUUAAA